AGUGUCAAAUGUCCCCCCCCUCCGUCCCGCAUUCCCCGCUUUGUAUUUAUCGACUGAUCGCCGGGUAAUUUGAUUUGAUUAUUUUGUUUGUUUGCGAACGGACAAAUACGACGGUAUAUCCUCUCGAGCGGCGAAAGAGAAACGUCGCUUCAGCGACAAGUGACUUGCAGAAACUAUGAUGAUGUCGGGUUUAUUGCCGCUUUUCCUGGCGCUGGCCGUGACCUGCGCGGCCGGGUUCGUUAGGGUGCCCCUGUACCGCAUGCAGACGGUUCGUCAUGCGCUGAGGGAGGUCGGCACGGAGCUGCACCAGCUGCACCUUCGCUACUCCGUCUCUGGGCCCACGCCCGAGCCGCUCUCCAACUACCUUGAUGCGCAAUACUACGGGCCGAUCACGAUCGGCACGCCGCCGCAGACGUUCAAGGUGGUGUUCGACACCGGCUCCUCCAACCUGUGGGUGCCCUCCAAGAAGUGCCACUUCACUAACAUCGCUUGCAUGCUUCACAACAAAUACGACAGCAGUCGUUCAUCUACCUACCGCCAGAACGGCUCGGACUUCGCCAUCCAGUACGGCUCCGGCAGCCUCUCCGGGUUCCUGUCCACCGACCAGGUCACGCUUGGUGGUAUAACAGUGAGCGACCAGACAUUCGCCGAAGCCCUCUCCGAGCCAGGGCUCGCCUUCGUGGCCGCCAAGUUUGACGGAAUCCUGGGCAUGGCAUUCAGCUCUAUCGCCGUGGACGGAGUUACCCCGGUGUUUGAUAACAUGGUCGCGCAGGGGCUGGUUAAGGACAAGGUGUUCAGCUUCUAUUUGAACAGAGACCCGUCGGCAGCUCAAGGCGGCGAGUUGAUCCUGGGCGGCUCGGACCCGGCGCACUACCGCGGCCAGUUCACGCGCGUGCCGCUCACCUCCGCCACCUACUGGCAGUUCAAGGCCGACGGGAUCAAGGUCAACGGGAAGGGCUUCUGUAGUGACGGUUGCCAAGCGAUCGCCGACACGGGCACUUCCCUCAUCGCCGGCCCCACCAAGGAGGUUCAAGGCAUCAACGAGGCCAUCGGCGCCACGCCCGUCAUGGCCGGCCAGUAUGCAGUGGAUUGUUCGCUGGUGCCAACCCUGCCCAAGAUUACCUUCACGAUUGGCAACACUGACUUCACGUUGGAGGGGAAAGAUUACGUGUUGAAGGUAUCUCAGUUCGGUAAGACGAUCUGUCUGUCGGGCUUCAUGGGUCUGGACAUCCCGCCCCCCCACGGCCCCCUGUGGAUCUUAGGUGAUGUGUUCAUCGGCAAGUUCUACACGGAAUUCGACAUGGGAGCCAAGCAAGUCGGCUUCGCUGACGCUGUGUAGAUUUUUAAGUGUUUUUAUUUUAUACACUUGGCAUAAUAAACUGCGUUCAUUGCUGCGAUGAAAUAUGCAUAAGCACGUAUGAUCAUGGAAAUGCAGUUAAUAUGCCAAGUGUUUAGUUGUUUACUACCGAAGCGAAAAUCAGAGAAAACUAGGAAUAAAAUUUCGCCAAGAAAUCACGUGCGUGUAAAAUGUUCAGAAAAAGAUUAUAUGUGAUGAAAAUCGAGAUUACCAAUAUGGAGAUUUAUCUACAUGCCUACUAUUAGUAAACCCAGUCGUCAUGUAAGCAAUAAAAUUCGAAAAAUAAUAACAAGUCUUUACGAAAAAAAAAAUGUGUAUUCUAAAAUAGGUAGUGAUAAAAUGGUAGGAACUGAUAUGAUUACAUCAAUGGCCUUAUAUGUGUAUAUUUUUGUAUUUUGAGAUGUGAAUUUGUAAAAUUAGACAGUAAAUGAAGUUCCUCCAGCUUUGUCGGCAAUCUUUUAGUUUAGAUAUUUAUAAUCCCCACUAUUAGUGUACCAAUACCAAAAACUAGCCAUGUAUGCCAUGACAGCUUGUAACUUUUAAAUAGUCUUUUUUGUGAUUCAAUAAAGAUAAAUAAAUUUUC